UUUUGAAAUACGAGUCGUACCCGGAAAUGUAUUGAAAGUUUACAUUGCUUUAGUACCCACGCAGAUGCUGAAUUUUAAUGUAAGAGAAGACGUAUGUAAAGAGAAAGAGUGAAUGGAUCACUUCGAGAAGGACUUGAUUGAUGCGCUUAAAGAUGUUGUCAAAGCUGGAAACUGGCAGUGUGUGGGUGACAAAUCUCAGUUUAAGUCAUCAUGCACAAAGCUCUACUCAGACGAUGGAGAGCAUGUAGUUCUUGUGCAUACAAACGAUGACCAGUUUUGGGCUAUGGAUUCAUCUUGCCCACAUGAAGGUGGUCCACUUGAACAAGGUGACAUUGAGGAUCUGGGCAAUGGCAAGCUGGCAUUGAUUUGCCCCUGGCAUGACUUUGAUUUCUGCCUUGAAACAGGCUCCUCCUCCACUGGACUACAGAACCAAGUGUAUGACGUCCGUGUACUGGAUAGUAAAGUGUACAUAAACACUCAAAACACACUUUCACUCUCUCCUAUACCUGUGACAAAUAUAACCCACCCAGACAGUUUGCCAGUGGAAAAAAAUGUGCCAUCUGAAAACAUGCUUUGCAUGUGGGCCACCAAAAUCCUUCGUACUGCCGACCCACAGGAGAAGGUUUCCUUGACCAAGAUGGUGCAAGAGAAGUGGAACAGGGGAGAAAUAACAGAGAUUGGGCAGGCCAGCCCUCCCGCCCAGCCCAGCAGGAAAGAAAAUCUGACAGUUCUGGAGCCGGGGAAGAUAAAACGGGGGAAAGGCGGCACACUGGCAAGUAGGAUCGCCUUACUACACUCGCUCGCUAAUAUAGAGCAAUGGGCAAUAGACCUGUCCUGGGAUGUGAUAGCAAGAUUUUCCACCUUUAGACUGAGUAAUGGAGAACCAUUGCCCCGCCAUUUCUUUGAUGACUUUGUCAAAGUAGCAGGAGAUGAAGCAAAGCAUUAUCAGUUAUUAGAGGAGAGGAUCAGGGAACUUGGCAGUUUUUUUGGUGCUUUACCAGUACACAACGGUUUAUGGCAGUCAGCAACAGAUACUUCUCAUGACCUGUUGGCAAGGCUGGCUGUAGUGCACAUGGUUCAUGAGGCCAGAGGUUUGGAUGUGCAUCCUCAGACGUUGUCCCGCUUUGCCGCUCAAGGAGACUUGAGCUCAGUGAAGGUGUUGGAGGUGAUUUAUGCAGAUGAGAUCACACAUGUUGCUGCAGGACUGAGAUGGUUUACAUAUAUCUGCUCACAGGAAGGAAGGGAUUCCCUGAAAACCUUCCAUGACUUGGUGAAGUUACAUUUCAAGGGCUUUUUAAAGCCUCCAUUCAACACAGAGGGAAGGAAAACAGCAGGAAUGACAGAAGAGUGGUAUGUUCCUCUUGUCAAACCCUCCAACUUACCGAAGACCUCCUGAUUGGACAUUUUUACUCAGCAAAACAAUACUUUGACUUUUCCAUUAAGUUCGUAUUCUGCUAAAAUAAAGUGUAAAGAGACGGAGGUGGUGCUUUUGUAUCAAAUAGCUUUCAGACUGUUUGAUCAACACAUAAAAGUAGUGUACCUAAGAAGCAGUGGAAGUCAUCGGUUGCAGUCUGCCUGCACUUGGAGACAUAUACAUCAACACAUGCAAGAUUAGGGACGCAAGCAUCACGAAAGAUCUCUCCCACUUUGCCAAUAGACUAUUUAACCCUCUUUCUUCGGGAAGGAGGUUGCGUAGCAUCAGAACCAGAACAUCAAGGUUAAAAACAGCUUUUAUCCAGAAGCCGUGAGACUUUUUAACACUGCCAAUUCCAGAACUGACAAAUUGAACUUGCUGUCCUAAUUACAUUGUAUUUAUAUUUAUUGUAUUUGUUGAUGUAUAGUUUAGUUAUUUAUUUUGAAUGGCUUUAACCGGACCUCAGUAACUAAUUUCGUUCCAGCUCAUGUACCAUGUUUUGUAUGGAGGACCUCAAGAGUCAUGCAAAAUGUAAUAAAGAACUUCAAUAUUUAAUAACUACCUGGACAAUAAAAAUAGCAAUUAAUACAUUUGUUUAAAAAUUCAUUAAUUAAUCUAUAAAUAAAUAGACAAAGUUACAAAAAAAAUUAUGUAACAUUUUAUUAGGCAAUAAAAAGUGAGGUUAUAAAAAUAAUGAAAUAUUAAUCCCUUAAUAAAUAGUUCAAAUUAAUAUAACAAUUUACAAAAACAACAUAAAACACUCAAUAAGUUCAUCAUUUUAAAUUGCAUUUACAAAUUAAAUAAUGGAAUUUCAAAAUGUAUUUCAAAAAGCGAUUUAAAAAGAGAAAUAAAUAACUGGAUUUAUAAAUUAAACUACAAAUACAGGGUUAAAUUAGGCAUUUAAAAGGGCAUUUCCGUUUAACAUUUCUUUUUUCAUUUUCCCGAUGGUUCUCCUUAUUCUUUCGCUAUUUGAUCGCUAUUCAAUUUGCUUUUCAUUUUAGCCUCUCUAUUUAGCUUUUCCGUGACUCUUUGGGUCCUCAUCCAAGAUCUAUAAAUAUGCGCAUGAUGUACAAUCAGAGCCAAUCAGGGAGCUUGUUACAUCCACCUGGCCAUAGCUAAUUUGCAUUUCUCAUUUGACCAUUUGCAAGGACACAAAGAGUCACGGAAAAGCUAAAUAGAGAGGCUAAAAUGAAAAGCAAAUCGAAUAGCGAAAAGAAUAAGGAAAACCAUCGGGAAAUGAAAACAAAAAUGUUAAAUGGAAAUGCCAUUUUAAAUGCCUAAUUUAAACCUGUAUUUGUAGUUCAAUUUUUAAAAUGAUGAACUUAUUAAGUGUUUUAUGUUGUUUUUGUAAAUUGUUUUAUUACUUUCUACGUUAUUUUUAUAAUCUCAUUUAUAGAUUAAUUAAUGAAUUUUUAAACAAAUGUAUUAAUUGCUAUUUUUAAUGUCCAGGUAGUUAUUAAAUAUUGAAGUUCUUUAUUACA